GGGCAAUACAACAUAAUUAAAUUGCAAGUACUCACUGGUCAUUUUAUUUUAGAAAAAAAAAAAAUACAUUUUUUUAAUUGUAAAAACGAAAUUUGGAGAUUUUUAGUCCUACCAAUUGAAGCCAUUAACAUUGUAUUAUAGAGAUGUUCUCAAAUAAGCUUAUUCAAGUCGCACUUGCUGUUGGAGUUGGCAUUAGUACAGGAAUUUAUGUUUUUAAGCCUUUAUUAAAAGAAUAUGAAGAAGAAACAAGUGGCACUUGGCUUCGUCCUGGUGAUGAGACAAGAGUAAAAGAAUUAUCGGAAAAGAGAAAUUAACAAGCAUAACUCAUUUAUAAAAGCUUAAUAUUGUCAUUGACUGUUGAACAUCAAUUUAGAUUGUAUAUGUGUUUUAUACCUCAGAAGUAAUUAUGCUUUUCCAACCUUAUCCUCUAGGUUAAAAAAAAAUAAAUUAUUGUAUUAUGUGAUGUACUUGAUAAAUUCUCUCCU